AUCAUUUUUUAGGAGCAGUACAUGUCACAUCUGUCAUUAAUCGAUCAAAAUCAGCUGUUUGGAUGACAAUUAUUUAAACUAUACACUACACGUCAAAACUGGGGGUUAUGUACUUCUUAUAAAUCAUGAUCGAGUACGAUAAAGUAUGUUAUCUCAUCAAUUUCAUUGUUCCUGGAUUGAAAGGCUGCUAUCAAUGACUCCCGAAGAAGUUGAAAUGGGAACGAAAGAUUGGAGGAAAGCUUUAAAAUCACAACCAACAUAUCGAAUAGUAAAUAGGACUUUACGUGGACAAACACAUUUUGUCGGUUUUGUGGCUGUUACUGGUGUUCUUUUGUUGAUAGUUUUAUACAGCCUACCAAAACAACCUAAUUCCGCCAAUUGUGGGAUAAUGAGAUAUUUAUACAACCACACUUACCCUCUAACACCUGUAUUAAAAUCUGGCAAUAUGUACAUCUACAGAAUAGGUAUAAUUGCUGACUUGGACACUAAUUCAAGAAAUAAUCAGAAAAAUAUGUGGGUUUCAUACUACAAGAAAGGAUACCUAAGUUUUGACCAUUUGACCAAUAAAAUUGUUGUUAGUUGGGAUGCAGGAGAUCCUAUUAAAUUAACAACAAGUUACGCAUUAAAAGGCAGAGGUAUGGAAUUAUCUGAACUUGCAGUUUUUGAUGGUCGUUUACUUACAUUUGACGAUAGAACCGGAAUGGUAUUUGAAAUUGUUGGAAAUAAUGCAAUUCCAUGGGUGAUUUUGUUAGAUGGAGAUGGAAAAAAGUCAAAAGGUUUUAAGUCUGAGUGGGCAACUGUAAGGAAUGAACUGCUUUAUGUAGGAUCAAUGGGGAAAGAAUGGACAACACCCAGUGGAGAAUUUGAAAGUAAUGAUCCUCAAUAUGUCAAAGUUAUUGCAGUUAAUGGUCUGGUACAAAGUUUAAAAUGGGUUGAUAACUACGAACGACUGCGAGAAAUUCUUGGCAUCCACUGGCCGGGUUAUAUGAUACACGAAAGCGGUGUUUGGUCUGAAAUUCAUGAAAAAUGGUUCUUUUUGCCUCGAAGAUGUAGUAAAGAUCCCUAUAACGAAACGUUGGAUGAGUACAGGGGUUGCUCUUGGCUAAUCUCUGCCGAUUCGAAUUUUUAUCGUACUGAAGCUACACAGAUACCUACUAAGAGUAAAACAAGAGGAUUUUCGUCCUUCAAAUUUAUCCCUGACACCGAUGACUCGGUCAUAGUUGCUCUUCGAACAGAAGAGCUAAACGGGUCGACGUCAACGUAUAUUACAGUGUUUACCAUUACUGGUACCGUUUAUUUGGAUGACACGUACAUUUCGAACGUAAAAUACGAAGGACUUGAAUUCGUUUAAUGUAAUUUUAUACAUAUAAUAAAAUUUGUACAGAUCGGUAUUACCAUUAGGAAUAAAAUAAAU